GGUUUCCUUCCUGGUCCUUGGGGACCUGGUUUUCCGGAGUUGGACUCCCUCAGAACUCUUCACGGCCAGCUUGGAGCACACAGCUUUUAAAAUGGUUGUUCUGUUGUCAGUCUUAUUCUUGCUGUUCGUGGAAUCAGGAUUCGGGCUGAAACAGACCUGUUUGCCAGUGUGUUCUGAAGGUGACUGCAUCACCAUGAACUGGGCCAAGGUGGAUUUUGACACGGCAGAGGAAGCUUGCCGUAGGAGGAACGGGGAGCUCCUGACUCUUCAGUCUGAGACUCAUCAGCGAAUCUUUAAAACAAUGGCUGAAGCUUUGCAAGAAAGUUUCUGGAUCGGACUGCGUUUACCAGCUGGGUCCUGCAGCAGCCUUUCAGAACCACUUAGAGGAUACAUGUGGACCUCUGGUAGCACAAACAGGACAUUUAACUCGUCUCUCAUGAUCUGGGAAGAUAGCCUUAAAGUCUGCUCCCUACACUGCAUCUCACUGUCAGAGCAUCAGAUAUGGACUGAGAGGCCGUGUUCUGACAAGCCCGACGGGUUUCUGUGCAGAACAGAAGAGAAAAAUGCAUGCUGGGAGCCAGAGAUAUUCUUCAAGAGCUCCACAACAUGUAAAAGUGCUCCCUGUGAGCAGACGUGUAAGAAUACAAAGGGAGGAUUUAAAUGUUCUUGUUUUAAAGGAUACAUCCCAGACAGCAGCGACCCGAGGCGCUGCAGGCUUCACUGUCCACAGAAAAAAUGUUCUGCCAUCUGUCAUGGAAGCUCUGGAGAUGCAUGCUUCUGUGCUGAUGGCUUUGUGAAAAAUGAGAGAAUGUGUGAGGACAUAGAUGAAUGUGAGAUGGGCAGAUGUCAACAAGGCUGCAUGAACACUUUUGGGAGUUUUCUGUGCUUCUGCAAGAUGGGUUUUCUCCUUAAAGACGAGAUGAACUGCAUCGCAGAAACAAAAAAUGAACAUUCUGCUGAGUUAAUGAUACCAACAUAUAAAAACACCACACUGAGGGUCUCCUCUGUGCCUGCAGUGCCUUUCCUUUGGAUCUGGAUCGUAGCUGCAGUGACUCUGGUGGCGUCCGUGUUACUGAUCAGACUUUAUGUUGUUCGACGUCAGAAACGCAGAGAACAAAGCUCCAACCAACAACGCGCUGCUCCUGCAGACCAUCCGGACAGUUAAAUCAGAUCUUUGGAUCAGCUUGUUUUCUGUGACCUCUGUCACAUUUCAUGACUUAAAACCGCUGGGGGAUGAAAGACGGUGGUGAAGAGAACCUGACAGUCAGCAUUCGGGGAUGUAAAAUAACUUUCUCUCUCUUGAUGCAGAUAUUAAAGCACUAAUUACACUCUGA